UAGUGGCCGCCGUUUCCUCGUCAGAGAAGAGUGAGUGAGCAAUAGUAAUCGGGUAAUGGAUAUGGUGCCGGUGGUGGUGCGUUCCGCCUCUCACGUCUCCGCCUACCGAUACUUGGACCACCGCCGCGGUACCUCCCCACGCUUCCAAGUUAGGGCCAAGCUCCCAUUUGAGCAACAAGAUGCCAAGUAUUACCAACACCUGGAGGCUGCUGUCCACGUUGUUCAGAGGGCUUGCCGUCUCUGCCUCCAUGUGAAAUCAUCUCUCUUUUCAACUGACGCCAAUGUUCAUCAAAAGAAUGACCAGACUCCCGUCACCGUCGCAGAUUUCGGAGUUCAGGCUCUCAUCAGUUUCGAGUUAAACAAGCUGUUUCCUUCAAUACCUCUGGUGGCUGAGGAGGACUCUGCCUACUUGCGAUCAAGAAACUUAGCAGGUUCUGUGCUUGAUGCAAUCACUGCUAUAGAUAGUCCCACUUCCAAACCAUUGACACAAGAUGAUGUGCUGGAAGCAAUUGAUAGAGGUGGCAAAGAUGCUUUUUUAUUUGGAUCAGAACCGGCUACGUAUUGGGUUAUGUCAUAGGUUUAUCUAACUUUGCCACUAUCUUCAUCAUAGUCUGAGGGAAUUCCAAAUAAAAAAAAAAAAACACUAAACAUACAGGUUGGUUUGGCUCUUGUGGUUGAGGGAGAGAUUGUAGCUGGUGUUAUGGGCUGCCCCAACUGGCAGGAAGAUUUUUCCAAGAAAUUCCCAGCUGAACUUGAGGAGGUUGCAGACAUGCUUUCUGCAUCAGGAACUAUAAUGAUUGCUCACAUAGGCUGUGGAACGUGGACAAAAAGGUUGAAUAGUAUGCCGAAAUUACCUAGUGUUUGGACCAGAUGUUUUGUGGAUGGGUCUAACUUAGUACAGAAGGCACACUUCUGUAUUCCAGAUAGCCAAACUUGGGAAUCUUUGCCACUAUCGUCAUCAUUUAAUGCAACAAACAAUGUCGAUGAUGUGGGGGACAACCAAGUUCUUCUUUUGGCAGCAUGCUGUGGAAGUUUAUGCAAGUAUUUGAUGGUGGCCUCAGGUAGGGCAUCUGUUUUCAUUCUCCGAGCAAAAGAGAAGACCAUUAUAAAGGCUUGGGACCAUGCAGUUGGCAUGAUAUGCGUUCAUGAAGCUGGUGGAAAGAUAACUGACUGGAGCGGGAGUGAAAUAGAUCUUGCGGCAGAUCAAGCUGGUCGGCGGGUUAUAUUUCCCUUCGGGGGAGUCCUUGUCACCAACGGCUGUUUACAUCAUCAGAUUCUGGAAAUUAUCUCUCACUCUACAACUUCAUCACUUUGAUGUUGUGGAUUGAUCAUUUAUUCAUUUUUAACUAUUUUAAUUUGUCUAUAAUUCCGUCCGAUCAAUCUCUCCUCACCAAAUGAGGAGGUUGAUAAAGUGAAAAAAUAAAAACUACAAAUUCAAUGGUGCUAAACUCUCAUUUUCUCACUCUAUUAAUCUUCCCAUUGUAAAGAAUCUUUUCCCACAACCCCCCUCCCUCUCUCUCAAGUGUGUACACAAUUGCCAUUUCAAUUAAUUACCCAACAUAUUCGUAAGUGUAAUCACAUAAAUGAAUUGAACCCCUAUUUUAUCAUCAUGUAACUGGUUACAAAACAAUUUUUGGUAGGUGCUUACUUUGAUGCACAUUGGAAAUAUACUGAUAUAGAGGAGAGAGUAAAAAUCAUGUUUUUUAGAUCUUUUUUUUCAUUUUUCUUUUUCUUUGUACCUACUCUGUAUUUCAUGUAUUUUUUCACUGUGUGCGAGUGUGAACCAUUUUUGUAU